CAAAAUCAGCAUGCUGCGUCUUGUCCCAGUCCUGCUGGCGUUGGGUGCCGCUCUCGCCCAGCCUCUAGACAAAAUUCUGGAGGGAGACCUGACAGCGCUAAUGCAGGAGGCCCUCGCACCCUAUGACCCCUCGACUGUGUCCGUCAUCGCCAACCUCAAUAUUGUCACUGACCAUGGCAGUUUCUUGUUCAAUGCCACCAACGUCGAGGUCGCUGGCUUUGGCUUGGUCGAGGUCACCAGCUUCGUUCCUCCAGUUCCGCUUCUCUCCAAACACGUCUCCAUGAGUCUGAGAGUUCCUCUCCUGGAGGCGCUGACGCAGGACUACUCGUUGACCGGAGACCAUAACGGAAUUCCUAUCGAGGCGGCUGGGACUGGCCAACUCAAGUUCAGCAACUUCGACCUGAAGGUGGAUUUCAAGGCGGACUCGUACUCCCUCGACCCCAUGUCCGUGUGCAUGCAGCCGGGGUCCUUCUCCAUCGACCUCGGCGUCGAGAGCAUCGAGAGCAACCUGGAGGGCGCGGGCGAGAUCAACGACGACAUCAAUGCGGACGGCCCGGCGCUCCUGGAGGGCGUCGAGGCGCAGAUCAACGCCAAAUCGGAUGCCAUCGAGCAGCUCGUCAACGGCGCCCUUUGCGUUCAGCUGAAGUACCGCAACUGAAGCACUGCAGGCAUGACACGGGCUAAUUUCCCACGAACCGCUUUCAGCAAAUGACCAAGAACGAAUUCCUUUAUCAGACAUCGCUUUUCUCGCCUGGGGGUUGUCACAGUGGACCUCGAAGGCACGGCGUCAGUAAUGGUGUUGGCUGGACUAGACGGCAAGGAAGGCUUCGUAGGUGAUCCUUGAUUGUCUUGUAAUAAAUGCUGCUAAGGUGUU